UCGCUGCUUCACUCCCAUGAACCCUCACCGGAUCAGCUGAUCAAUGUUUUGGUCGUGUUUCGUGUUCAGUGUACAUGUUCAUUCGUGAACAAACUCCAUCACAGUUGACGACGAGCACGUGUUCAUUUGUUCACUAUUGAGGAGGAACGUCCAGACUCUUAUGAGGACGACUCGGCGCUUGACCUAGAUACUUGUACAGUCUCGCCAGCGCUUGUGUCAGUCGCUAUCUCAGCUGCUGGCUAGUGUGUGGUAAAAGGGACUUGCAUAACUUAUACAUGGACAUCUGAAACUAUACUUUAACUUAUAACACUUUAUUUUUAACAUAAAAAUGAAAAUUGUGCACUAUUUUCUUCUCGAUAGAUUUCUGAGCUUAAAUUAAAAAGGUACCCUUUUCUAUGCACAUAUAUUAAUACAUUAAUCUGCCAAGUGAUACUUGAAGCUUGUAAAAUCUCUGAUAAUGGCAAAAUUAUUGAAAGCAAUAAAGAGGGUUGGAGAGCAUUACCCCAUUGUGCGUGGGAUGGCAACCUACUCGGUGUUGUGGCCCACCUCCAACCUGGUGCAACAGUCUCUGGACAAAACUCGAGAUAAGUAUGACUUGAUGGAGUCGGUACGUUACCUCGUUUUUGGAACAUUUGCCACAGCCCCGACAGUGUAUGCUUGGGUGAGACUCGCUAGUAUAAUUGUCAAAGGAAACACACUCAAGCAUGCAAUCUACAAGGCUGGCUUGGAGCAGAUUGUGUUUGCGCCAGCAGCUCAGACACAGUUCUACCUGGGCAUCACCUUGCUGGAGGGGCGACCAUGGGCCGAGUGUGUCCAAGAAUGGAAGGAGAAACUCAUUCCUACGUGGAAGGUUGGUGUCUGCAUUUGGCCAUUGGUUCAAACAAUCAACUUUGCAUAUGUUGCGGAGAAGAAUCGUGUAGUUGUGGUUUCUGUAGCUUCAUUUAUGUGGACCAUCUUCCUCUCGUACAUGCACCAUCUGGACCAAGAUUCCCUCCCACUGUUUUUGCGAUCGAAACCCACUGUCAGUAAUCGUCAGAGUCAGGCUGCUGGCGAUGCUAUGGCUGACAUCCGCCCUCAUAAGCUCUGGAAUGGUAGUACCAAUGAGGUUUUAUGACAGUGGAAGUAAUUUCAUUGCCAUAAAUGUAAUUUUUGGCCUCUGAAAGUGUGUUGUAGUAUAAUUGUGUGUAUUAAGGGAUGCAUGUGUAUGGUGUGCAUGCGUAACAUGAGUAAAUUAGCUAACAAUUAAGUUAACUCACCAAAUAUUAGAAAUUUUAUAUAGAGUAUUUAAUGACUGAAAAUAGAAAUAGAAUUAGUUUAAAUAAAAAUCUAAGUAGUUACUGUUUUGGAUUAACUACACUGUUCUCUCAGUACUAUGGAACGAAACUAAAACUACCAUACAUCACAAUAAUGGGAAUGUUUGUGAUAUGAUAAAAAAUACAUAAUAACAAAAAUUAAUAAUUUAGGAUUUAUAUUGUAUGUUAAAUCUGUUUUUAGUGUGUUAAAUUGUGCAUCUGUAUAAUUAUAAAACAAAACAAAGUUUUUCACUUACAAGAUUUUUUUUUUGUAAAAGAUUAAUUACAUAGUGAUUCAAUAGUUGAACAUAUUUACCUGAUGUUUGAAUACACGUAUUGGUAAAUAUAAUAGUGUUUAAAUGUUAAUUAGUGUUAAAUAGUCUCCCCAGCUUGGUGCCUGCUUUUGAUAAUUACUUAAAUGUUAAUUUGGUUUUAUACCAUAAUGGGUCAAACCAUCUAAGUAAGUAUUGAUUAAAGUAUAAAUUUGGUUUUAAUGUUGGGUAAAAUAAAAAUAUUUAAUAAAACCGUUUUUGUUUAGUACUGUAUUUAAGUAUUGUACGGUUACAGUAGUUUGAAAAAUUAAUACUGUAUUUAUAUUUUGUUCCACAGAUUAGGUAAUAAUUGGGUAUGGGUACACUGUACCCCAGUUGAGGACAGGAAGCUGUAUCCUGUUGAGAACAGGAAGCUGUACCCUGUUGAGGACAGGAUGCUGUACUCUGUUCAGAACAGGAAGCUGUACCCUGUUGAGGACAGGAUGCUGUACUCUGUUCAGAACAGGAAGCUGUACCCUGUUGAGGACAGGAUGCUGUAUCCUGUUGAGGACAGGAUGAUGUACCCUGUUGAGGACAGGAUGUUGUACCCUGUCGAGGACAGGAAGCCGUACCCUGUCGAGGACAGGAAGCCGUACCCUGUUGGGACAGGAAGCUGUACCCUGUCGAGGACAGAAAGCCAUACCCUGUUGAUGACAGGAAGCCGUACCCUGUCAGGGACAGGAAGCCGUACCCUGUCGAGGACAGGAAGCUGUAUCCUGUCAGGGACAGGAAGCCGUACCCUGUUGAGCUUCCAUUAGCUAUGGGCCAGACUUUGUCCAUGUGACAACCCAUCAAGUUACUGAUCAGACUAAGUGUUGCUUAAACCUGACUGAGUGAUAUAUACAUCAUCCCCAGAAUCAUACCAAUGGUAUUGCAUUCAAAUAAAAUUACUUAUGAGGAGCCAAUUUUAGGCAAUGAUUUUGGAAAAAUUAGAGUUGCACUACAAGGUAUGGUACAUAUAUUUAGUAUUGAUACUCAUAGUAAGUUGACAGAGUGUGUAGAAGAGGUAAGAAUGCAAUAAUGAUAACAAUAUUAAAGCAGUUUGUGAAUUGUUGUGGGCCGUACGGAGGAGUAUAAUUGUGACUACUGUUGUAUAAUGUAUAAUAGUCACUCUCAGACUCGGUCAGAGAAGAAGGUAUGCUUUGUAUUUGGCUGGAUAUUUACUAUGCAGUGGAAAUUUAAUUUAACUGAAAUAGAAACUAACAAUUUCUUCUUUGUGUUUGAAGGAGAGAGAUAUAAGAUUUAAAUGAAAAAGUAAACUUCACUAUCAGAUUUAAAAGAAAAGAUUGUAGGGCAUUGCUUGUACAAUCAGUAAAUAUCUGGAUAGCAUGAAGGAUUCUAGUGAGGCAGCACAACACAAAAGAAGUUGAUUAGUUUUCAUUUUAUGAAUGAAAAGGCGGAUGUAAGCAGACAGUCCAAGAAGCAUGCUUGACGGAGUGUAUGUUAGGGGUUUUAUGACUCAAAUGUAAGUUCAUUGGUAAAAGUAAGUUGCAUGUGAGAGCAGUAUACUGUAUGUGAAUAGCAUAUGCAGUAAUACAGUGUUUAUUAGUACAUGUAAUGACAAUACAUUGCCAUUAUUUGGUGAGAAAGUCAUAUGGCUGUCACAGUGAGGGAGGACAGUUGAUGAAGGCCUGUCUCCACCAUUCAUAAUGCAUGACAGGUAGUUGUUGUGGAUAUAUCAAAGAAUAGUCUAAGGUACAAAAGAAUAGAGAUACAGUAUUGUAAUAAUUUCAGUGCCAGAAUGAUCUACUGAAAAUUUUUAUUCUCUCUUCUCUUGUAUUGACUAUUUAGACAUAACUUAUUUUUCAAGAUGAUUGUAUGCCAAGUGAAAGAAAAUACCAAUUCCCUCUAAUUCUUUAAUGUUAAUGGCCUAAGAAAUAUACUUUUCUAAUGAAUGUGUACAAAUUGUGUAGAUUUACUUAUAGAUGUGCUUAGGACCUUAAGAAAACCAAAAUCUAUUCAAGAUUGCACUCUUUGAUCAAGUUUGGUUGAGAAUGGCACACAAUACCUAUACAUAUUUCCUCAAUACCAUCAUACAUCGAAUGCUUGCAUCACUUGCACGCAGAUAUUAAUUAAUUUAUUGUGAAAACAAGAUGUUUACAAGAUAAACACCUUUUUUUUAUUGCUAUCUCAUUAACAAAUGCAUCAUUAUAAACUGUGAAAUUUUGGUCUUGAAGGAUUGCUAAUCAUUUAUUUCUAAUUUACUUGACAUGGCAUUUAGGUGUUUGUUUUAUCCAGUGUGUCAUUGUCUCUCUGGAUUUGUACUCUGUAAAGUUGUUAGAUGCACUGAAGCAGAUCUUCACACCCAUUUCUUUAUCUUUCUCACUGAAAGAAUAAAGUUAUUGUUUUUACUUUUUAGUUCUCAGUGUAAAGUCAGUCAUGUGUAGAGUACUUGUGCAGUGGCACUUUUAGAAAAAUAUUAUCAGAAAAAUACUUUAUGUACUAUUUGUUCUCUAUGUACAAAUAUGUAUAAGUUUACAGAUAACUAUGCACUAUUUGUACUAUUUGUACUCAGGAUAGUAUUUGUACUCUAUGACCGUUAUAUUAAUUAUUUCCAUCAUAUGCUUUGUUAAUGUUUCACAAUGAACUGCUAAAAGGCUUAAGUGUUUCUUGAUGUUAGCCUAAAUAAGGCUCACUAAAAUUUAAAAGUUAGUACAAUAUUGUACACCUACUUCCAAUAUUCAUGUAAUAUUGGCAGAAUUAAAAAUUGGAAAGAAAUACAGGUUAGAAAAUCUGUGAUAAUAGUCCUUUCUCCAUGCUUUUUGUCCAUGUCUCCAUAUUGUUUUCUAGUUAUCCUUUAGUGUAUACCUAUGCUUUUCUCCCAUGGGUUUAUUCCUCUUUUGCUCCCACCCUAUCUCUUAAUUCCUCGUUUCCUGUCUAGUGUCCCAGGUACAGUAUUUACUUAAGUCAACCAUUUGUUCUGUCUGAUGUAGCCUCCUCCCUCCUCCCUGGUGCAUGGGCUGGACCUAUAAAACUGUUUCUACUGCUCUCCUGGUAGUCAUUUUUCUAAUGAUAAAGGCCUGAGAGGGUUGGGAGUUUUUUCUUUAAUAGGAAGUGAGCAGACCUUGGUGCAUUUAGCAGUAGUGGAGAACUUAAUUGUAGCAGCGAGAGUAGCUGUAGCAGUCAGGGAGGGGGUAGCUGUAGCAGGCAGGGAGGGUUAGCUGUAGCAGGCAGGGAGGGUUAGCUGUAGCAGGCAGGGAGGGGGUAGCUGUAGCAGGCAGGGAGGGGGUAGCUGUAACAGGCAGGAAGGGUUAGCUGUAGCAGGCAGGAAGGGCAGUUGUAGCAGGCAGGAAGGGGUAGCUGUAACAGGCAGGAAGGGUUAGCUGUAGCAGGCAGGAAGGGCAGUUGUAGCAGGCAGGAAGGGGUAGCUGUAACAGGCAGGAAGGGUUAGCUGUAGCAGGCAGGAAGGGCAGUUGUAGCAGGCAGGAAGGGCAGUUGUAGCAGGCAGGAAGGGGUAGCUGUAACAGGCAGGAAGGGUUAGCUGUAGCAGGCAGGAAGGGCAGUUGUAGCAGGCAGGAAGGACAGAUAUAAAAUUAAUCGGAUGAAAGCUUUAAUAUUUCUAACUAGUGUAGGUCAAUAAUUACUAGUAGAUAAUAGUGUAGAAUACAUAUUUACAAGUAAAGGGCUUGUUCCUUAUUUUUAUUUGAUGCAGUUUAUAAAGCAUUGAAUAUAAUGCAUUCAAAGAGAAUGCACUACAUCACACAUAAGACUUUGCCGAUGUAUUUUCCUUAAAUAAUGAGUAUCCAUAUACAGUAUAUAUAUAUAGUGUGAUAUAUCUGCUUGGUAUUAACAGUGAUAGGACCAUGGAUGUAGGAUACAACGAUGACAUCCUACUCAAUAGUGAUCCUGGCACUCUAAGGAUCUUGUAGGUAUGAUGUCCUCUAGUCCAAGUCAAGUUACAUGGGCAAGACCCUCAUGUCUAAUAUUACUUCGUGUGUUAUUGUAAUUUGUAAACUUUAUUGAACCUAU